UAAGAAGCUUAAGAAGCAUUUAUCGGAAAUAUCGAAAGUGUUUAUUUAUUUUAUUUUAUAAAAGAUAUAGCUUACAAACAAUUUAUAAAUUCACCUCAUCUAAGCAAGAAAAUAAUGGUCAGAACCCGAGAAAGAAGUAGAACUCCAGAGAGAAAACGCCGGCGAUCCAGAUCCCGGUCCAAAGACAGGUCGAAAUCGUCCAGGUAUCGAAGAAGCAGGUCCAGGGAGAGGGAAUCGAGACGUAGGAGCAGAUCCAGAUCCAAAGAAAGACGGGACCGUAGAUCCCACAGCAGAGAACGGGAUCGCGAUAGAGAAAGAAGGGACAAAGACCGCAGAAAUGAGAGCAGUAAAUCCUCUCGAAGAAAAUCCCGAUCGAGGUCCAGAGAAAAAGCCAAAGCUGAGGAUACUGGCCUGUCCUUCGAUCCGGCUAAUCUAGACAAAGAGGAAGAACAAAAGAAACUCGAAAUGGAAAUGGUAAAACGAAGAGAACGCAUAGAAAGAUGGAGAGCUGAGAGAAAGAAAAAAGAGCAAGAAGCGGUGAAGAAGGAAAAAGACGGCGAUAGCAGCACACCUGUAGCAGUAGCAGUAAGCAACAAAACUUGGUCUCUAGAAGAUGAUUCCGAAGAUGAAGAUAAGAGCGAUAAAACCGAUGCUAAAGAAGAAAAACCUAUUGUAGAACAAUCGAUACCGAUUGAGGUCGAAGAAGAACCUAAGGUAAACGAAGAAGUUAACAACAAGGAAGAAGAUGAGGUAGAUCCUUUAGAUGAAUUUAUGAAAGAAGUGCACGCGGAAGUGCGUAAAAUAAACAAAACCGAAAUCAAAAAACCAAGCGAAACUCUAAAUAAGAAAGGUUCUUUAGUCAUUGUAACCGGCGUGGCCAAAUCGAAAAGUAGCGCGAAAAAAGGCGAGCUGAUAGAACAGAACCAAGACGGCCUUGAAUAUUCCUCGGAAGAGGAACAAGAAGACUUAAAAGAUACCGCCGCUAAUAUAGCGAACAAACAGAAAAAAGAACUCGCCAAAAUCGACCACAACAACAUCGUUUACAUCCCGUUCAGGAAGAAUUUCUACGUAGAAGUACCGGAAAUAGCCAAGAUGACCCACGAAGAAGUCGACAGCUACAAAGAGGAGCUGGAAGGCAUCAGAGUAAAAGGCCGCGGCUGUCCCAAACCGAUAAAAACCUGGGCGCAAUGCGGCGUAUCCACCAAAGAACUCAACGUUCUCAAGAAACUCAACUUCGAGAAACCCACGCCCAUCCAAGCCCAAGCCAUCCCGGCCAUCAUGUCCGGCAGAGACUUGAUCGGAAUAGCGAAAACCGGCAGCGGCAAAACCUUGGCCUUUCUCCUACCCAUGUUCAGGCACAUCCUCGACCAGCCGCCGCUCGAAGACACCGACGGCCCCAUCGCCAUCAUCAUGACCCCGACCAGGGAGCUGUGCAUGCAGAUCGGCAAAGACAUCAAGAAAUUCACCAAGAGCCUCAACCUGCACGCCGUCUGCGUGUACGGCGGCACCGGCAUAUCCGAGCAGAUAGCGGAACUGAAGCGCGGAGCGGAGAUCAUCGUGUGCACGCCCGGCCGGAUGAUCGACAUGUUGGCGGCGAACAGCGGCAAAGUGACGAAUUUAAGGAGGGUGACGUACAUCGUUCUGGACGAGGCCGAUAGAAUGUUCGAUAUGGGUUUCGAGCCGCAGGUGAUGAGGAUCAUCGAUAACGUGAGACCCGACAGACAAACGGUGAUGUUCAGCGCGACGUUUCCGAGACAAAUGGAGGCGUUAGCAAGGCGUAUAUUACAGAAACCGAUAGAAGUCCAAGUCGGUGGUAGAUCUGUUGUUUGCAAGGACGUGGAGCAACACGUUGUAAUCUUAGAGGAGGAUCAGAAGUUCUUGAAGUUGUUGGAACUGCUCGGAUUGUAUCAAGAACUAGGUAGCAUUAUCGUAUUCGUGGAUAAGCAAGAGAACGCCGAUAUUCUAUUGAAAGAACUCAUGAGAGCCGCUUAUAAUUGUAUGAGUUUGCACGGUGGAAUCGAUCAAUUCGACAGGGACUCGACCAUCGUGGACUUCAAAAACGGCAAAGUGAAAUUACUGGUCGCCACAUCCGUAGCGGCCAGAGGAUUGGACGUGAAACAAUUGAUACUGGUGGUAAACUACGAUUGCCCGAAUCACUACGAAGACUACGUCCACAGGUGCGGCAGGACCGGCAGGGCCGGCAACAAGGGCUUCGCCUACACGUUCAUCACGCCCGAGCAGGCCCGCUACGCCGGAGAUCUGACCAAAGCGUUCGAAUUGGCCGCGGUGCCGGUGCCCGACGGGCUGCGCAGCCUGUGGGAGAGCUACAAGGCCAAGCAGGAGGCCGAAGGCAAGAAGGUCCACACCGGAGGCGGUUUCAGCGGCAAAGGUUUCAAAUUCGACGAGUCCGAAGCGGCGGCGGUGAACGAGAAGAAGAAAUUCCAGAAGGCGGCGCUCGGCUUGGCCGACAGCGACGACGAGGACCUGGAGCAGGACAUCGACCAGCAGAUCGAGAGCAUGUUCGCCACCAAGCGCACCGUCAAGGAGAUCAAAGCGCCGAUGGGCAUCGUCAAUUCGGCGGCGUUGGCCGCCUCCGGCGGCGGCACCGCCGUGGAUAAGUUGGAGCUGGCCAAGCGGCUGGCUUCGAAGAUUAAUCUGAUGAAGAGCUCGACGUUGGAUACGAAGUUCGCUACGCAGCAAGCGGCCGAGUCGAUACUGAAGGGUAGCGGGCCGCAGCCGGCCAUAACGGCUAAGACCGUGGCUGAGCAACUGGCCGCUAAGCUGAAUACGAAGCUGAAUUACCAACCGAAGGAGGACGAUGAUGAAGACAGGAACGUCGAUGAUGAGCAAACCUUCAAGAAGUACGAAGAGGAGUUGGAGAUUAACGAUUUUCCGCAGCAGGCGAGGUGGCGGGUUACCUCUAAAGAAGCGCUGGCGCAGAUUAGCGAGUAUUCCGAAGCGGGUAUUACUGUUAGGGGAACGUACGUUCCGACUGGGAAGAAUCCACCGGAAGGCGAGCGAAAAUUGUAUCUCGCUAUUGAGAGUACUUCGGAUAUGGCUGUAUCUAAAGCCAAGGCGGAGAUUACCAGGUUAAUCAAAGAGGAACUGCUUAAGUUACAAACCGCUGGUCAUCACACGUUCAAUAAAGCUCGAUAUAAGGUUGUUUAAAACCUGUUUGUACUGUGUAAGAUAGUAAAAUGAAAACAUUCUUAUUAAGUUGGAAUGUGUAUGUAUUGUAUAAAACAAUUACAUCUACCAUAAUUUCUUUUUUAAUAAAUAUGUUUUUUAUAAUAUGA